UGGCUCAGUCCUCAACCCUAACUCCCUCAAGUCAGUCAGUUGUAUUCCAAUUUGCAGCCCGACUGUCCGACACUCACGAGUCGCGCCCUCCGACCUCGCCACUUCGCCGGUAGACACCGACGACGCAGCCACCACUCGCCUGACCACCGUUGAAGGGCGCCGGCGACCAAAGAGGACAAGAGAUGGAUGGUUCAUGAUGGAAACGUUGAAAUUUGGGGAUCUUAAACCGAACCGAAAAACCAAAACCGAAAAGAACCGAAUUGAAGCCCGAAACGCCCACCCCUAAUUUCCAAACAUGAGAGGACUCGGAGCUGCUAGCCACCGCCUCCACCAAUUCCCAAAACGCCGUGAAAUCGCCACCCAUGUUUCUUUCCUCCCCUUCUCCACCGAGGCCCAACUCAAUUCUUCGCCUAAGCCGCCGCCGCUGCCAAAUCCAAUUUCGGAUUACUCAUCUCCCAUUCUCCGAGAAUCCAGCCCGGAUGAUUGGAGGUCCAAUUCUCAACUCCAUGAAUUCUUCCACGCUUCUCCAUCUCCAAACUCCGUCCUCCAGAUCGCCCGUCAAUUGGGCUCAGCUGAGAAGGCGCAGCAGUUCUUCGACUUCUUCAAGGCCCAAACUUCACCUUCUUCGCCUGACUCAUUCUCUCUUUCCCUAGCAUUCCAAGCCAUUAUCGAGCACUCAAUGCGGGAGACUCGGUGCUCGCCCACUAAGCUCUACGAGCUCUUUUGCUCGGCCAAACAACAAAAUAUCUCUCUGUCUAUCAAUGCGGCGAUGAUGCUGAUUCGAUGCUUCGUGGAAGCCCGAAUGUUUGAGGAAUCUCUAUCGGUCUUCUACCAGCUUGGCCCAGAAUCGAGGAACAUGAUCGUGGUAAAUAGGCUUUUGGAUGCGUUGGUUCGAGGGGGCCGUCUUGAUGCUGCGUUGAAGAUGCUCGACGAAAUGCUCCAACCAGAUAUGCGUUUCCCACCAAAUGAAAAUACCAUGGAAAUUUUCUUGUCUGCAAUUUGGAGAAGUGACUGGAGAGGGAUGAGUAUGAGGGAGGAAGAAAUUUCUGGGCUUGUUUCAAGAUUUGGAGAACAUGGGCUGUUCCCAAACGAUAUCUGGCUAUCUAAAUUGAUCACCAAGUUUUGCCGGAGUGGUAGAUGUGAUAUAGCUUGGGACCUUUUGCACCAUAUGAUUAGGUCAGGUGGUCAAGUGAAAACUGGUUCUUGCAACGCCCUUUUGGCCGCAUUGGGUAGGGAGCAUGAUUUUCAGAAGAUGAAUAUGCUAACAAAUGAGAUGAAGGAAAAGGGAAUUGCACCAAAUGUGGUUACGUUUGGAAUUCUUAUUAAUCAUUUAUGCAAGCUUCAUAGGGUUGAUGAGGCAUUGCAGGUGUUUAAGAAGAUGAGGGGUGCUAGUGAGGGCAUUUCUAUCGAGCCUGAUACUAUCAUUUAUAAUACUUUGAUUGAUGGCCUAUGCAAAGUUGGGAGACAAGAAGAAGGAGUGCGGCUGAUGGAAAAGAUGAGGUUGGAGAAGGGAUGUACACCUAAUACUGUUACCUUUAAUUGCUUGAUUGAUGGAUUCUGCAAAGCGGGAGAGAUUGAGAGGUCAAUGAAGCUUUUUUAUCAGAUGAAUGAGGAUGGAAUAGUGCCAAACAUAAUUACUUAUAAUACUUUGCUUGAUGGUAUGUGUAAGCAUGGAAGGGUUGGUAGUGCAAUGGAAUUCUUCACUGAAAUGCAAGAGAAAGGUCUCAAAGGGAAUGCCAUUAGUUAUAGCAUUCUUAUUACCGCUUUUUGCAAUGCGAACAAUAUUGAGAAGGCAAUGAAAUUAUAUAGUGAAAUGACAGAAAGUGGAUGUUAUGCAGAUGCAGUUGUAUACUACAGCUUGAUAUCGGGGCUAAGCCAGGCUGGAAGGAUGGAUGAUGCUUGCCUUGUUUUAUCGAGGAUGAAAGAAGCUGGAUUUUCCUUGGACAUAACCGGCUACAAUGUUCUCAUUGGUGGAUUUUGCAGGAGGAAUAAAUGGGAAAAAGUUCACGAAUUGCUUCAAGAGAUAGAACAAACGGGCAUCAACCCCGACUGUGUUACAUACAAUACAUUGAUAUCAUUCUUCAGUAAGAAGGGGGAAUUCGCAAGGGCCCACAGGUUGCUGAAGAAGAUGGUCGGGGAUGGUAUGGUGCCUACAGUUAUCACUUAUGGAGCAUUAAUUCAUGCAUAUUGUGUGGCGGGUAAACUUGAUGAAGCUAUGAAACUAUUUGAGACUAUGCAUUAUAGUUCAAAACUGUCACCCAAUACAGCGAUAUACAAUUCUUUGAUUGAGUCUCUCUGUAAGAGUGACAAAGUUGAAGAUGCUCUUUCCUUAAUGAAUGAUAUGAAGGACAAGGGGGUUAGGCCAAAUACAACAACGUAUAAUUCGAUCUUUAAAGGUCUUCAGGAGAGAAAUUGGUUCGAGAGGGCUUUUGAAGUAAUGGAUGAAAUGACUGCGAACCUCUGCAAUCCUGAUUAUGUUACCAUGGAAAUCCUCACUGGAUGGCUCUCUGCUAUUGGUCAAAGUGAGAAGUUGCAAAGUUUUGUCCAAGGAUAUCAGGUUUCUGCUUAACUAAUUCAAAUGGCACUUGAAAGUUGAAACUGCCAAUUCAAAUGGUUCUCUUUCUGAUGUAUAGACUGAUUUUUUCUUUGAAUAUUUUAACUUAUGUGAAGUUUAUAAUUUAGAUAUUGUAAUAGAUUUCAUUAAUUUUCCUA